UCUGGAUUUCUUAUCAUUAUCUAUCACAAGAACUUCAAACCAUCAGCAUCUUCGUGAAGUGUGAUUACAAUCAAAUUCUAUUUGCAAAAUUGACAUAGUCAACAGAAAAUAUGGUUUCUCAAACAGUCAACGUUUUGUUGACUUCAUUUCCCGGAUUGAACUUACCACCAACUUUAUCACUGCCUCUACCUAACACAACAACCAUUUCAGAGCUUCAAGACAAACUUUAUGAGCGCAUUCCAUCUCAAGAUCGUCGCCUCAUUCUCACGACCAUAUCAAAUAAAUUACUUUCUGCCGAGUCAUCCUCCCCAAUAUCACAUUUAUUAUCAGACCCAGAAGAUGAAUUUCUAUCUUUGCGACUUUCAGCGCGAUUAUGUGGUGGCAAAGGAGGUUUCGGUUCUCAGCUUCGUGCAGCAGGAGGUCGUAUGUCAUCCAAGCGUAAGAAGGGUCAAGGUGAUCAAAAUGGGUCAAGCCGAAAUCUGGAUGGUCGCAGAUUAAGAACAGUCAAUGAAGCAAAGGCAUUAGCUGAAUAUCUAGCAAUCAAACCGGAAAUGGCCAAGAAAGAGAAAGAAGAGAGGAGGAAACGAUGGGAACAGGUUGUAGAAUUGGCAGAGCGAAGGGAGCAGGAAAUUAAGAGUGGUACGAAAGGAAAGGUGGAUGGGAAAUGGGUUGAGGAUAAAGAGGAAGCCGGAGAAAGGACGCGUGAGGCUGUCAUUGCAGCUAUGAAGGCUGGAAAUUAUAAGGACAAUUUGUUGGCAACAUCUUCAGGCAGUGGUUCGGGGACUGAUGGCUCUGCUAGUGAAGAAGAUGAGGUUAUGGGUGGUAUAGACUCGAAUGAUACAACUCCACCAUCGGAAUCUGUACCGGGCAAACCAAAAGCUAUGAGUUUCUUCGGCUUUGAUGAAGAUGAUGAGUUUAUGAGUGAUGACGAUGAAGAGGAGGAGGGCGAAGAGGAGAAGGACGAAGGGGGGAAGGACGAAAUUGAAGUCAAGGAGCUCGAAGUCCCAGAAGAAGUGGAUGAUGAGGGAGAAGGGGAAGAGGAUGUCAAGCAAGUUGCCAAAGAACCAACACCACCUUCUGCUCCUGCUCCAACAAAGACGAAAAGCCGAUCAAAGAUCCCCGUGAAAGCUCCCACAAAAGCAGCGGCAAAAGCAUCAGCGGAGGCGCCUGCUAAAGCUCUUGCCAAAGCAGCUGCAAAGGGAAGAGGAAAAGGUAAGGGGAAGGCCAAAUAAAUAAAGAAUUGGGUCUAUUGGUAUCACAGCGCGGCGUUCGGGAGCAUGGAUUAUAAAGAGAUAUUCACGGUUUGUCUUGGUAGUAGCGACAUUCAUCAUAAUUUGAAAAUUAAUUG